CAGCGCCUCAGCCCCACAUGUCUUCCUGCUGAAGUUGAUGCUGCUUUCGCUAAGGGGUCACCAUGGCCAGGCAGUGGUCUGAGGGCCACUCCACCCCCAUCCUGUGUGUAGGAGCUUCUCCGGGUCCUGAGGGCCUCCUGGCUUCAGGCUCCGAGGGCGGAGAGGUGACCGUGUGGAGCCAGGAAGGAACCAUCCUCGGCAGACUCACCCUCCCUGGUGAAGAGGACAGCACGAGUGUCGUGUUCUCACCUGCGGCCCCGGGUCAGCUGUACGUGUCUCACGGAGAUGCUGUGAGCGUCCUGGACCCCAGGAACCUGAGGGGCCCCGUGGAGGAGUUUCAGGGCGCGGGCGAAGAGGAGAUCAAUGCUUUGGCUUUAAAUGACACCGGCUCAGCCCUGGCGGUGGCCGAUGACUCCGGGGCAGUGCGGGUGCUGGAGCUUCCUGGGGGGAAAGUGUCCAGGACUCUUCGCAGACACACAAACAUCUGCUCGUCUGUGGCUUUCAGGCCUCACAGACCCAACAACCUGCUGUCUGCUGGACUGGACAUGCAGGUGAUGCUGUGGGGUCUGCAGAAGACCCGCCCUCUUUGGACACUCAACCUCCAGGACAUAGCGGAGGAUGAAGACGACCACCAGCAGCGUCCUGGUCAGCUCUUCAACCCACCACUGGCUCACUGCGUCUCAGUGGCGAGCUGUGGGAACAUUGUGGGCUGUGCAGCAGAGGACGGCCGGGUGCACCUGAUGCGGAUCGGCAGCGGCUCUAAGUUGGAGCAGCAGGGCGCAGUGAAAGCUCACAGCCAGGGAGCCUCACAGGCCCACUUUGUUCAUUUCCCCUCCCACCCGUACUGGCUGGUCACCGGGGGGAAUGACGGCCUCGUCGCCCUGUGGGACCUCAGUAAACACCCAGUCGUGGCUCCAGAGGAAAAAGCCAAACCUAGAGUGGUCCAACGCAGGAAGGGUAAGAACAAGACAAAGAGGAAAGAACCGUCGCAGGACAAAGCAGAGACGCCACUGAAGGCUGAAGCGGAGAAGGAAGAAGCAGAGGUGGAGGUGGAGGAAGAAGCUGCAGAGGAUGUGACCUACGGCAAGUCUGGGCCCAAACUGAGCAUCAGUCACGGGGACAAGGUGAACUGGCUGUGCCCUGUGGUGCUGAAAGGAGAACACUGUGUGGUUGUAGCUGAUCAGAGCUGCAGUCUGACUGUCUACCCUCUGUCUCCUCUUUAGAGUCGUGCACUUUACACCAUGUUUCUCAAGCUCUUGUUUUGGAAAUGGCUUUGCUUUAUUUUGAGUUGAAAUGUUUGUUUGUUAGUUCUUUUGUCAGAUUACACAAUCUUGUGUGUUGCUGUUAGGACCCGUCACUCAGCUGCUGCACGAUUUGUCUGGUCUAAAUGAUCUGUGGCUUCUAAUUGAGAUGUCUGAAUCUUUCUCUCCUUUAAGUCUAAACUGAGGGCAAAAAACAAAUGUGACCGGUGCUCCUGGCAGGUCUGAACCAUAGACUGUAUAUAAAAAUGUUCCAAUCUUGAAAUAAAGCCAAAAUAUCCUGGACAUAAACUGUUAAGUAGUGGAUAGAAGAUAGAGCUGCUAUAGUUAGGUCCCAUCGAUACAGACUCGACCAAUCACAAAUCGUUUCACCCCAUUUACAUAGCAUUAAAUAACUUAUUAAAAGCAAACUUUAUCAUUUAUAAAACCAUCUUUGAGAAAAAAAAGACAGGGUUUGUGACCAAUACGACAGCCAGCCACCAGUGGGCGAUCAAGAUGCUUUGGCCUCACUGUUGUGGAGCAGACAUGUGGUUAAUCUUUAUAUACAGUCUAUGAAUUAAACUGUGCAGAACCAGUAUUGUAAGUGGAUGUUUACAGCGGAGAUCAAACCCCACAAACACACUAUUUAACUUAUUAACAUCUUCACUUGUUAGAUUUGGCUCAGAGGGGGUUCAGAGUGUGUGGUCCAAUAAAAAUGUCUUUGAAAUGUACUUUGCCGUCUGAAACUGGAUUCUUUAUAUUUUCUUUAAUGUUGGUGGUCCGUUUAAAUACCACAUAAGAUGAAAAUAAAUCAGCUUUUCAUGUUUUA